AGCACUUAGACACCAUGCAACAGCGCUGUGAUUGCAAGGUGUUGCAGACUACAACUGACGGUUUAUGUAAAUAAUAUAAUUUAAGGAAAUAGUUAACGAACUUUCAAGUGUUUGACAGUAGAACCAAAUUAUUUAAGGUAUUCAAGAGCAGUUGAGAAAUUUUGUCAUUGCUUUUGUGGUAAUUUCAAUAUGAUAAGGAUAGGUAGAUGCGUGUGUCAAAGUUCAGGCAGUUUUUAUAAAGGUAGUAUCAGACUCAAUUCUUCAACAAAUAAAGGCGAGAAGUCAGAGGAAAGUGCUCGAUUGAAAGAAUUUCGAAAGAAGCUCCAACAAAAGGCCCCAUUGGGAACUAUGGGUCUGAAGGAGUCAACGGUAGAAGAAAUGCCAGGUUCACAGAAACUGCGAGCAAAGGCUCCUUUUGACAAAUUGGAGGAACUGGAAGAGGGCAAGCACCCGUAUCAAGAGAAAGAGCCAUUGGAGCCUUUUCCUGAUAACAUAAAUCCAGUGACAGGAGAGAGCAACGGACCCAAGGGUCCUGAGCCAACUCGCUACGGAGAUUGGGAGAGAAAAGGCCGCGUGACAGACUUUUGACAAGUUGAUACAUAGACCUGUCGCGUGUUUCACAUUCUUGUAAAUAUUGUCACAUAGUCGAGAUGACUUUUUUUGUACAUAGAGAUAAGUUGUAAUAAAUGAUGAUGUUAAAUGCUUAA